AUGCCGCGAUCACCCUCCGAUGCCACGCGCUUCACGUCGACCGGUCCCUACGUCUCCACGAAGCCAUCCGGCUCUGCAACAAAUUUCGCUGCCAACCCAACUACAGCUCCUCCUUUCAGUGCAGCAGUGCCAAAUGCAGCAAAUCAGAUAAAUUUCGGACAAGCGCCGCAAGGCGAAACACCCCAACAAAAGAUCGCCAGAUUACGAGCAGCGGCCGCAGCUGCAAAACGGGGAAAGGAGAGCACAUUCGACAAGUCAGUACGGAUAGGACGAGUAUGGGCGGACAGGGCACACAGGGUUACGGCAUACAGUCUGAUCGGAUUGACAGUCGUCAGUGCAGCGGUAGCAACUGCGGGUAUCACGGAUAUGCUGCUGCACAACCGAAGGCGGCGGAAUGAAUGGUUAGCGGAGAAGAAGGCAGAGAGUGCGCGAGAGCUGACAGUCGCGAAAGAGGCGGCUACAAAGGGCGCUGCGACUGAAGAUCAAAUCCUGCUAAUUAAUCGAGAGCGUGCGGCGGAGGAGGCGGCGGAGGCGAAGAAGAAUCGACCAGGAAUGAUCAAACGGGCAUCAAGCUGGCUGUUCUCGGGACUUCAGAAGGAGGAACAGAAGGGCGGCAGACUUGGUACAACAACGGCUGUGGCGGAGGCCCAAAAUAAAUCGAGUGAGAUCACGUGGACAGGACAAGGGAAGGGCGUUCUACAGGCCGUUGAGGAUAAAGUGGAUUCCCACCGAAGGCAGGGAGAGACAGUACCGGAGCUCAUUUCGCCAUCUGGCGGACCUCUAGAUCGUGAAGCGCAAGUAGUUGCAAACGAUGUGUGGAAAGCAACACGAAGCUGGACGAGCUGGGUCACGGGCCGAUAG